GCGGAAAAGAAGAGAAUGAAGGACGACAGAUCGGAGGCGGCGACAAAGAAGGUCGUUAAAUCUUCGUCAUUCCAUGACUCCGAAAUAGAAGUUUCGAAACGUAAUGCAUCGAAACUAAGGCCACCGCCGUUGAUGAUAGACAAGAAACUUCUACAAAAGCAAGUGUCGAUGUUAGAGACCUCAAGGGACGUUGCUUGGGAGAGAAGGCGGCGACAGAUUCUUCGUCAGGAGAGAAGAAAGAAAGGGGUCAUCGCGAACGAGAAUGGAUUGACAGAUGAAGAUUUGAACGAGCUAAAAGGGUGCAUAGAAUUAGGAUUUGGAUUCAACGAAGAAGAAGAUCAAAAACUAUGCAACACAUUGCCUGCUUUAGACCUUUAUUUUGCUGUAAACCGUCAGCUUUCUCCACUUCCAUCCCCUCAAAGCCAGAGUUAUUCAUCAACACCAUUACCAUCACCAUCAGUUAGUUGCAGAUCACCGUAUCUAGAGAGCCCCAAAAACGAACCAGAUUGGAAAAUUUACAGCCCGGGAGAUAAUCCUCAGCAAGUGAAGACGAAGCUAAGACAUUGGGCGCAAGCUGUGGCAUGUUUUGUAAAGCAGUCAUGUUGCUGAGAGGUUUAAAAAGAAAAAAUAUUUGUUUCAAACAAGA